GGGGUGGAGCCGGGGAGGGUGGAGUUUAGGCUGCGCCGACCCCUCAGCCCCCCUCCAGGUGACCCAGCCCCCGAAAAUCCUCACCCGGGGCCCCAGAUAUCCCAACCCCAUGACCGCAAAGCCCGCCGCCCUGACCCCCUAAAUGCCGCGGGCCCCUGCGGCGACCGACCUCCUAGUUCCAUAACGUCUCGCGCCUCCGAAACCUUCAGCCCCACCCCUCCCCGAUGUGCAGCUGAGCCUCCCCGGGGGCACCUGCCUCAGGUGCCCCGAGAGCAGGUCACACGGCUCCGGAGGAUGACCGAGGAGGGGGCCGGGGGCUGGGGAGGACUAGAUCCGAUCAUUCCGCCCCCCAGGAGACGUUCGGAGCCCGAGACAUGUCGGGAUUGAGGAGAUACGAGGUGGCGCUGGAGGCGGAGGAGGAGAUCUACUGGGGCUGCUUCUACUUUUUCCCGUGGCUGCGCAUGUGGCGGAGGGAGCGGAGCUCGGCACACCCCCGGGAGCCGAAGCUGGAGCCUCUGCGGGGCCUGAUGAGCUGUCUGUCGAGCGGCCUGGGCCCCGUCCCCCAGCGCUCGGGUCUCGCCCUCCCCCGCCGCACACCCGCCGCCACUGCCCAGCCAGCCAGUGCAUUAAAGAUUUAAACCGAA